AUACUAGCAUUUGAUGGAUAUAGCUUUCAAGGACACAUGUUCACAACAUGUUUCCUGUCCUACUACAUGGCAAAGAACCAAGGUGGACGAUAUUCACACUUCCUGUGACCACUCUGUAAACACCGACCACAAUUUUCGAACACCUCACCAGAAGCAACAUGGCGAAAGGCAGAACGAAUGCAGUGAGACUUUUUGUCACGUGGGAACCAUUACUGAUUUAUGUAAUGACCUGUGUACCCCAGAGGUGGAGAUACAUAGCUUGAUGAAAGACGAUGUUCCCAGAUACAAGCUUCGAGUGGAUACUGUCACCGAAUUUAUAGGUUACAAGAAUAACGACUGGAUUCAGACCCCCGUCUUACCGAAGGAUACCGAGCUCAACCUCAACCCAGAGUUCCUCACCGGAUUGUUUGCAUACUUUC